CGUGAGAUUGUGAACACUGUAGUUAAUUCUUGCCUUUAAAACAGAAGCUACUGGUACAAUUUCUUAAUUUGAUAGAAGUCCGAAGAUUGCACAACAAUGGCGUCCUCAGGAGAAUAUGUCGAAUUGCAUGAACUGGCAAAGGGAUGGAAAGCUGCGAUCGGCCGUGCCAUGGAUCCAGCUACGAAACAUGAAGCACAAAUUCGCAACGACCGAGGAAACCUGCCUCUCCACUCUGCUACUUCUUUCCGUGCUCCGAUCGACGUCGCAGGUGAGUAUCACGCGCAUGAAAUUUUAUCUAUGACCAAAGUCGUAUGCUAUCACUUGUAUCUAUGAUGUUAGAUUAUUGCUGACCUCUGGAUUGCUGUUACUAUCGGAUUCGUUAUUUGGUUUUCUUUUUGUUGAAUUGAUGGUUCGAUCGGGAAAAAUUGUUUUGGCUUGCGAUAUUAUUUUGAUCGUUUCGCAGAGGCACUUCUGCAAGCCUAUCCAGAGGCCGCGUCAAUCACAAACAAUUACGGAAAUCUCCCCCUUCAUUUCACAGCAUGGAAGAAGGGACCUCUCGAAGUAGAACGUCUCUUGCUGAAAAUCUACCCUGAAGGUGCAGCGCAAAAGAACAACCAUGGCAACCUUCCUCUGCACUAUGCCGCUCACUACAAUGCUCCUCUCGAAGUUGUAGAGGCGCUGUAUAAUGCAUACCCGCAGGGUGCAACCCAGAAGAACAAUGACAACAACACUCCCCUCGAUCUGGCGAUUGCUGACGGAGCCAGUCCAAACGUGGUGAGCUUGUUGCAGGGAAAGAAAGUUCCACCCACCGAGGAUGAGGCUUUGGAGAAGGCCAAGAGACGUUACGAGGCAGCAGAACGCGAAUUGGCACGACAUAUGAGUGAAUCCACAGGUACAACCGAAGAAAUGGAAGAAGUAUUGGCCUUGCUGUUGGAUAUUUAUGAGGCACAUCCGCAUGCGCUUUACUCGGCCGGCAUCAAUCCCGAAAACGCUGGAACAAUGGACUCCAUGAUGGAAGAGGUAAGUUUUGUUUUGUCACGAAAGUGCUUGCCACUCAACGAUCACGUCAAAUCAAGUAUCAUGGAACUAAAUUUGAUUCUGAUGCUCCAUCCAAAUGAUUUAGGUUCGAAAAGCAGCUGCCGCAGACAAUUCGCAUGCAAAUGGCAUAGGUGGCAUUGAAGACUAUGCUGGUCGCAAUGAGAAUGAAGAGGAAGCGCAACUUAUCGAAGACGCUUUGUGUCCCCCUGAUGACACAGUUGAAAUAGCAUUGAGCAAGCUCGUUGGUCUCGAGGCAGUCAAAAACCAAAUCCGUGGAAUGCGUAGAACGAUGGAACUGGUCAAGACGGAGCAAAAUGGAAAGCUCGCUCACCCAAGUCACAUCGUUCUAGAAGGUAAUCCGGGAGUUGGGAAGACUUCUGUUGCAACCAUCCUUGCAGAUGUUUUGUAUGAAAUUGGUGUAACCAAGACGCUAAAUUUCAUGAGUGUUGGUCGAGAUGAACUAAUUGACCGCAAGAGUGAAUCAAGAACCAUUGCAAAGACACGGAAAGUGUUAGAGAGAGCCAAAGGUGGUGUAUUGGUUUUAAAUGAGGGCUACACUUUGUUGCCAAGUACGGCCCGUCCUCGUUCACGGGAUCAUGGAGGUGCUGCUCUAAGGGAAAUCGCCCGUACCUUGCCGUCUGGAAAUCCUCUUAUCAUUUUGACAGGAAGUUCCCUUGAAUUACAGCGUAUUUUGUCCAGUGAAAUCGGUUUCAAGAGCCACUUUCUAACUCGAAUCGAAUUCUCCGACCCCACCCCAAGUCAGGUUGCCCGUAUUUUCAUUGGCAAAAUGAGCGAAAAGGGUCUGGUGCCAGGAGAUGGUGUCACAGUGGAUUAUCUUGCUGAGUUAAUCUCUACAAAUACUGAUGAAGAUUGGAGGUUGGAACGCAACGGCCGUAUUGCUGACUUGCUCCUGAAUGGAGUAAGGGCAGAAUUGCGAAAGAGAAUGCACUUCAGUGAUGACUCAAGCAAAGUAUCGUUCAGUCCUAUCAAGAUGAUGAGUCCAACAGCCGCGUCAAGGAUGCCCGCUGCUACUCCUGAUGAGAUUUUUGUGACCGUUGAAGAUGUGCAAAAUGCUAUCGUUAAUGGAAUGUAAUAAAAAGACAUAGUGCCCAUCAAAUUCUUGAAGCAUUCUUUUCGGAAAUAAAAGCACCUUCGUUCAAUCUUUGUGACAAUUAUCUUUAUAAAUUUAAAUGUGAGUU